AUGAAGAAAACAAAAAUUGAUACUCCACCAACUCUGGUUGAAGCUAAAAACCAUCUCAUCAACAAGCUGUACGUCGCAAACGUCAUUAACAGGCUCAGAGAAAUUGACGAGAGAAAGCCAAAUGAUUGCAAACGUUGGUUUUGGGAGUUAGUUCAGAAUGCGAAAGAUUCCAUUUCUCAGACUGGCCAAAAGAGCGUUGAUAUCAGUGUAAAAAUCACCGACAAUGUAUUUUAUUUUUCACAUAAUGGUGCUCCUUUUACUGGUAAAUCUGCAUUAGCUCUUCUGUAUAAGUACUCCGAAGGUAAGACGAAUGACUCAGAGUCGACUGGUCGGUUUGGCACCGGUUUCUUAACAACGCACACCCUCUCCAAAAUAGUAUCAAUUUGUGGUGAUAUGUAUUAUGAUGAUGAAAAAAAUCGAAUUAUUGGGUUUAAAACCACAAUGUAUAGAAAUGGUUCAACUGAAGACGAAUUGCUUGAAGGUGUUGAAAAGAUGUAUAAUAGUUUGCAAUUUUACGAGCCACGACCAUAUAAGACAACCUAUAAAUACAAGGUUGAGACAGAAGAAAACAAAAUGGCACUUGAAAUGGGAACAACGAACAUCUAUGAUAAUGCAGUGCAAACUAUGUUGUUUUGCAAAGAAGUUAACCAGAUUAAAAUAAAUAACAAAGGAGAAAAAACUAUAUUUAAGAGAGUUUCAAAUAGUACUGAAGGUGAUUUGGAAGUCAUCAAAUUUAUUGUGCACAAAGGUAAAAAUUUUAUCAUGAGAAACUUUUUGAUGUGUCAAAUUGAAGAACCCUCUGAAGAACUCACAAAGAGAUUUAAAAAUCCACGAAAUGUGAGACAUUCCGCUGCAGUUGAAUUUAAUGAACGCAAUGAGUUGGUUGAUGUGAAGGGGCCAUCACUUUAUUGUGUCCUUCCUCUUGUUGGGAGUGAAAAGAUGCAAUUUCCAUUUCUUUUAAAUUCACCCGAUUUUGAGCCUGAAAGUGAGCGUCAAGGUCUUUUCUUAUCAGGGAAGGAAACAAUUGAAGAGACUGGUUGUAUUUCUAACACGGGGAUAAAUAGAAUGAUUCUGAAACGAGCAAUUCCAUUAUACGAAAAGUUUGUCUAUCACUUGGCAGAGUAUAAUUACAAAAACAUCCAAAUGGUUGGGAGGGGAAUAAAAGAAAUUCCCGAAAUGGACGCCAAUUUUUCUAAAGAGUGGUAUACUCAAAACUAUAUACUACCACUCAGAGAAGUGAUGAAAAACGCACCAAUUGUUGAAGGUGAAUAUGGAAAGAUGUCAAUUUUUAAACACAACACACAAUUUGUCAAAUUUCCAGUCUUGAAAGACAACAAAUAUUUAGGCGAUUUCUACGACAUUUUCAGAGUUUUUCAUGAUGGCGAACUUCCAUUGAAGUAUUGUUUGGAAGAAUGGACAGAACAAUUAUGGGACGAAUGUGAGAAGACAACACUUAAAAUGUUUUUGCAAGAAGUUGAAAAAUGUGAAUGUAUAGCAAUAAUGAAAACUAAAAUGAAAAUUAAAGACGAUCCUUUUGAAUUUCUCAACAAAUUGCUUCUCUUUGUGGAUAAAGUAGAACCCAAGUAUUUGUGCAAUUAUAAACUAAUCCCCAACGAAAAAAUGAUUUUCAUGAGAUAUAGUGACGACGUUAUCGACAUCUCAAAAGUCCAUCCAACUUUGGUCGAUGUUGUUGAGUCACUCGGAGUCACAAAUUGGAGGGAUAUUGCUAUAAACAGUAAAAUUAUCUGUUUCAAAUUAAAAGAAAAUAAUAUAUACACAAACUCCAAAACAUCUUCUUACAUUGAUAAUUUAGUAUUAAACAUUAAGACGCAAUCUGAUAACUUAAAAAAGAAACAACUUCAAAACGAAGCAGAUGAAAAAAAAUAUAGAUCUAAUAAUAUAGCAUAUAACACACCAAGUUAUAUGUUAUUCGGUUUACCUUCAGUCUACGCAAGAACUGAAACAAAAGAAGAAAAAAGUCAAAGAAACAAGAGUUGA